CCCGAGCACCGCUCAUCAUACGGGAUAGCGCGCACUCAGGGCCGAGUAAGUCGCCCAUAAGCAAAGGGUAAGAUGGCGGCGCCUGGAGGCAAGUUCUUCAUUCAGGAUAAGCUGUCAAUUAAGGCAGCGCACCACGAGAGCUUCGAACAGCUAUGGAAGACAAAGUGGCAAGAGCCUUGUUCGAAGGCAUUAUAUCCUUUCAUGUUUGCCAAGUACGAUGACUUUCUACCGAUCGUUGAUCAACUGGUGAAGGAAGGUCAAGGGGAACCAUAUGACUGGGACAAGUACGCACAAACGUUCUUCCCCAAAGCCGAGGAGCUCUUAGCCAUUGCGGAGAAAGCGGACAGCGAGGGCAACAAGGAGAAAGCAUCUGAGUUCUAUCUUCGCGCUUCCGCAGUAUACAGGAUAUCCCGCUUCCCAGCCCCUAGGUCAGACAAGCAACGCGAAGCGUGGCGGGAAGGCAAGAAGGCGGCCGCCAAAGGAAUGGCUUUGCGAGAGCGACCAACGAGGGAAAUAACCAUCCCGCACAAGCAUGGUCUGGAGCGUGAGGGCAAAGAGAUUCCAUUCUACUACCAUCUGCCGCCGGGGACCACCAAAGACAAGCCGGUGCCGCUACUCGUCAUCUUGACCGGUCUCGACGGCUAUCGCACCGAGCUCUCUGUAUGGGUUGAAGGCUGGUCAAGGAACAACGUCGCAGUAAUCGUGCUCGAGAUCCCGGGCACGGGAGACUCGCCCGCAGAUCCCAGAGAUCCUACGUCGCCAGAGCGAGAGUGGUCGACCUUGUUCGAUUGGAUCGAUGAGCAAGCCGAGAUUGAUCACAAACGAGUCGGUCUCUGGGCGUUCAGUACUGGUGGCUACUACGCCAUCCGCCUGGCACAUACCCACCAUGACCGCCUCGCCGGCGCCGUUGCGCUUGGCGGUGGCUGCCACUACAUGUUCGACCCACGGUGGUUGUCCGAAGUUAACCAUCUCGAGUACCCGUUCGAUCUCGCCAACACCCUAGCGUACAAAUGGGGGUACGGUGACGAUUUGGAGUUGUUCAAGCAGGAGGGUAUGAAGAAGUUCUCGCUGAUCGAGGACGGCACGCUUGACAAACCGAAUUGCACCAAGCUAUUGCUCGUCAAUGGCGUGAACGAUGAGAUCUUUCCCAUUGAUGACUACUAUGAGUGCUUGCUGCGAGGUGCAACGAAGGAGGUGCGGUUCGUGACUGAUAGGAAGCAUAUGGGCGAGCCGGAGAGCUUCUUCAUCAUUCUGCGGUGGUUGUACAAGCUGUUUGGUAUCGAGGCAAAUCCGGUGGACCAGAUGAAGACGGUCCCGACGAAGUUCAAGUACUGAGCUUGGGUGGCAUAAAGUUGAUGGAGAUAUUCUAGACGGUACGUUCGGUUAUAGAGUGAAUAGACGGCAGCCUGGUCUGAUCUAGCGUGGGGGAGCUGCGGCCUCGAUCGUAGCACGUGAAGCCAA